AUGACUCAAUUUGCUACCACAUAUAACAAGUUCUCGCUGAAAAGUCAAAGCUCAAUACUAUCGAGAAAGAGAUGCAGAAGGGAGGGUGGGAAGUGGACUCGGUCAGGUUGUUUGACCUGCAAACGACGCCGCAAGCGCUGUGAUGAAGCUAAGCCUGGCUGCCAGAAUUGUGCUAGGUUAGGGCUCAGUUGCGAAGGGUACGGCUCGAUAUGGGCAAAGCCUCUGGAUCCAGGUGCACAAGUCUUUCGACAAGUUGAACCACCCAAGCGACGCAAAAUUAGUCGCUCUGAGUCUGCGUCCGUUUGCUCAGAUGGAUCCUCCCAAGGCGUCCCAUCUCCCGAUUUGACCUCUUUCACUUCAAUUUCUCUGAACACGUCAUGUUCGUCGAUGUCGAAGUACAAUGCCGAUGAAACCUGCUGGUUGGAAUUUGGCCGGAGGAUCGCUGACAACGAAAGCGAUACCGAAAAGUCUGUUUCUACUGCUCACAAUGACAAGUCUGGUGUGAUCAUCGAGCCUUUUGGGUACAUCAGUCAUUUGACUGCCCUCGAGACGCUUUAUCUUCAAUACUAUGUGGAAAAAGGGUCCAAACUGUUAGCGAACUUGGAAAAUGAAGAGAAUCCAUUGCGAUCAUUGCUCGUUCCUCGAGCCCAUUCCUCUCCCGUCCUCAUGAACGCUCUAUGCGCGCUGUCUGCCAUACAUCUCGCGAACCGUACAAGUGAUAGCGUGUACGCUCAAACUGCAGCAGCGGAUUACUAUAUUCAAACAAUGAGAGGGAUUCGGACCGCACUUACUGAGCGUCCCGCCGAUAAAUUUCCCGAGGAUGCUCUUCUCUCGGUUGCUCUUCUUUGCAAGUUUGAGAUAGUACGUGGAAGCGUGAGGCAAUGGACGGUGCACCUGAAUGCAUUAGGAAAACUGCUACUAUCUCGCGGUGGAUUUGACUCCCUCAGUCAAGACACGGCUGAUUUUCUGCGAGGACUUUUUGUAUACGGGCAGAAUUUGGCCAAAUUGACGAACCCCAGACUGAACACUGCCGCCUUGUCGGACCUAAAUCAUGCAGAGAUUACCAGGCUUGACAUAUACGUUGGUUACACUGAGGGAAUUAUCAAGCAGUGUGCAAGGAUUGCGGAUCUGCCUCUUCUUUGCGCUGACGCAGUUGCCCUGGGCUUGGAAAUUCAUGCAAUGUCGGUGCUAGCCCCCUUGCAAAACGUUUGA